UGCAAACAAGACGUAUUCUUCUGCAGCAGUCGGUCCAGCCGGUCAGUCUGAGAACGGUGCUCAACAAGAUGGCUGUCGAGCCGAAAUACACGCUGUAUCAGUUCCCAAUGUCCUACUAUUCUCAGAAGGUUCUCCUGACUUUCUUUGAGAAGAAAAUCGACUUCAAACCCGUGUUUGUCAACCUCAUGGCCAACGAGCAGUUGCAGGAAUGGUUCUACCGACUUCACCCUAACGGUCUGGUCCCUCUGCUUCAAUUCGAUGACAAGCUGCUGCCCGAAUCGGACGACAUCAUAGAUCAUCUCGACAAACAAACCACAGAAACAUGCUUGGUGCCGUCCGUUGACACUGAUGUUGGGAAAGACGUCGCCAGAUGGCGCUCCCUGCUGACGACAGAGGUACCAAUAGAAUUGAUUACAUUCGGGUUGUUUUACAACCCAGAGAUGUCUGUCACGGGAAUCAAUGCUCCCAUCAAGCUCACCAAAGACGAUAUGAGAGAACGAAGCGCUGAAGCUGCAAAGGCCUUGAUGGCGCUCGCUGAAAAGAUGCCGGAUGUGAAAGAUAACAUUGAACGGAAAUUGAAAGGCAUGGAAAAAAGGAAGGACUUGAUUACCGACACUGAGAAGGUGGCGGCGAAGAUUGACGAACUACAGGCAGUGUUUGACAAGGUUGAACAGAAGCUGAAGGAGUCGGGAGGAGGCGCAUGGUUGUGUGGCAACGACUACAGUGCAGCUGACAUCACACUGACAGUACUCAUGAACAGACUGGUCCUUCUGGGUAUCCUGCCUCUCUUCCUCAAAGAAACACGCCCCCUGGUGGCGGCAUACUGGGGGAGAGCUGAAGCCCGGGGAUGUAUGAAACAAUUGAAGGAGUUUGGUUUCAAAUCCGCACAGGAGCAAGCAGCGAAACAACCGAAAUAACAUACCUGGAAAGUGAACAUUCAUACUCACUUAUUAAUGUUAUAUAUGUUUAUAAAUGUUGUUGCUUUUAUUCUGUUUUCAUAUACAUCUAUACUCUUGCCACGAAAUGCCUACAUGCUUAUAUAUAAAGUCAUUGCUGAA